CACAUGAAGGCCAGCCUUGCAACGAGUUCAUGGCAUACGCCAUAUGGCUUACAAGGGCAAGGCGACGUCCGACGUUUCCUUCAACCCGGCGGAUCCACCCGACGCCUACAGCAACCCCAGCGUCCACAGCCGCAUCACUGAGUACACGGAGAUGGGAAGGGUGCUCCACGGGGACACAUGGGAUCCGGCCACGGCGCCACUUUCUGGAGAAGCCAUCAUGAGGGCGGGAGGAGGGAAGAAGCACGGCCGGUACUGGCUCACCGACAGCGUAGUCGACACGGCCAGUAUGCCUACUCUCUCGCAGCUUUGGGCAAGGACCACCGACUCAACCCCGCCCAUACGCCCACGGCCUAAGACUUCAGUGGCCAGUGUGCGCACACUCCAGGCCCAGAUAGAGGCUCAGUUGAAGGAAGAAAGGAGGAAGCGGGAGGAGAUCGAGUCGAGGUUGGAGCAGGAGCGGAAGUUGAGGGAGGAGCAGGAGCUGAGGUGGCGGCAGGAGCGCGAAGCCGAGUGGCAGCAUAUGCAGACCAUGUUCGCCUACAUUCAAGGUCUUAGCGCAUCUGUAAACUAUCAACCGCCGCCAACGAUGCCAUGGCCUCCGCCACCUCUACCUCCGCCACAGAUGCCCUUUGCAUCGAUUCCUUUUCUUCCUGCUGGCCCGGCAAUCACUCCCAAUCAAUCUGGGGAGGCAUCUAAUGAGCCUCCGGACGAGCACUCACCGGCGUCCAAGUGGCCAGCUUGGGGAUGAGAGCCUCGCAGUCGACUUGUUGGACUUGUGCCGGUUAGACUUGUUGCACUUGUAUUUGUUGGAUUCUGUUGGUUAGACUUGUUGGAUCAGACAUGUUCGACUUGUGGCGUAGACGUUGAACUUGCCGUAUGUGUGAGACUUGCUUUUAUUUGUUGUAUUUGUGAACUUGUCGUAUCAACCUAGCGAUAUUUGUGAUAUUAUGUGACAUUUGUGUUGUACGUGCGAUAUUUGUGCCAUAUAAAUGUUGUAUUAACUGCCUGUGAUGUA